AUGAUUGAAUCAGACAUCCUUCACCAUGACAAACAGUAUGAGCCUUUCUACUCAUCGUUUGUGGCACUCUCUGCACACUACAUCACCACAGUAUGUGGGCAAAUACCAAGGAAUCAGUUGCUGUCAGUUGCUGCAGCAUGCAAAGUGUUGAUUGAAUUCUCGUUACUGCGCUUGGAGAACCCAGAUGAGGCAUGCGCGGUAUCACAGAAACACCUGAUUCUUCUAAUAAAAGGACUUUGCACGGGCUGCAGCAGAUUAGAUCGCACAGAAAUCAUAACUUUCACCGCUAUGAUGAAAUCUGCCAAGUUGCCUCAAACCGUGAAGACCCUUUCAGAUGUGGAAGAUCAGAAGGAGCUGCCCAGUGCUGUGAACCCAGAGCUUCGACACAAAGAAGUGCAAAUGAACUUCUUUAAUCAACUGACUUCAGUUUUUAACCCUGACCUUACCACCAUCUUGGCCUCCCCGUCAGCAGCACACAUGCAGGCUGAGAGUGAUUGCGAUGACCAAACCACAGAUCAAGCCAUUCAGGCCAAAAUGAAAAAUGCCUUUAUCUCUCAGAAUGUGUCAAGCUUACAGGAACUUGGUGGGUCUGAGAAGUUGCUACGAGUGUGCCUCAACCUGCCCUACUUUCUGCGCUACAUCAACCGUUUCCAGGAUGCUGUAUCAGCCAACUCUUUCUUUAUCAUGCCUGCCACAGUGGCUGAUGCCACUGCUGUCCGCAAUGGAUUUCACUCACUGGUGAUAGACGUGACCAUGGCUUUGGACACACUCUCUCUGCCUGUACUGGAGCCCUUGACACCAGGGAGAUUACUGGAUAUGACUGUGCUGGCUUUGAGCUGUCUCUAUGCUGGUGUGAGUGUGGCCACUUGCAUGGCCAUUCUGCAGGUAGGUAGCGGCUUGCAGCUCCGCUCAGCCUCCACUGGGACUAAAGAGGAGGACUAUGAAAAUGACGCAGCCACAAUUGUCCAGAAAUGUCUGGAGAUCUAUGAAAUGAUUGGACAAGCCAUCAGCAACUCUCGCAGAGCUGGAGGAGAGCAUUACCAGAACUUCCAGCUGCUUGGAGCCUGGUGCCUUUUAAACAGCCUGUACCUGAUUCUCAACCUGAGCCCCACUGCCCUGGCAGAUAAAGGAAAAGAGAAGGACCCCCUGGCUGCCCUGCGUGUCCGUGAUAUUGCUGCUCGCACCAAGGAUGGCGCAGGAUCGCCUAAACUUGGCCCUGGCAAAGGACACCAAGGGUUUGGUGUUUUGUCCGUUAUCCUGGCCAACCAUGCUAUCAAACUUUUGACCUCCCUUUUCCAGGAUCUGCAAGUUGAGGCUCUGCACCGGGGUUGGGCUAGUGAUGGGCCACCAGCUGAGCUCAACAUCAUGGCACAGAGCACUUCCAUCCAGAGGGUCCAGAGGCUCAUUGACUCCGUGCCCUUGACUAAUCUACUCUUCACCCUUCUCUCCACUUCCUACAAAAAGGCUUGUGUUCUCCAGCGCCAGAGGAAAGGCUCAGUCAGCAGUGAUGCCAGUGCUUCUACAGAUUCAAACACCUACUAUGAGGAUGAUUUCAGCAGUACGGAGGAGGACAGCAGUCAAGAUGAUGACAGUGAACCCAUCUUGGGGCUUUGGUUUGAAGAGACAAUUUCGCCCACCAAAGACAAAGUCGCUCCCCCACCCCCUCCACCACCUCCUCCUCUGGAGACCUCUCCCAGACUGAAGAGCCCCAGCAAGCAGAAUCCAAGCGAAAAUGGCAACAUUUUAGCUGGUCGUAAAGACCCAGAACUGUUCCUCAGUUUAGCCUCCAGCAUUCUGAACUUCAUCACCACCUCAAUGCUCAAGUCCAGGAACAACUUCAUCCGCAACUACCUGAGCGUGUCUCUUACAGAGCAGCACAUGGCUACACUAGCCAGCAUCAUCAAAGACGUGGACAAAGAUGUCAAAGGCUCCUCAGAUGAAGCGUUUUCUUUAGCUUUGUAUCACUUCAACCACACCCUGGUAACAUCAGAUCUUCCAUCCCCAGCCCUGCAGAGCACCCUUCUUCAGCAGUUAGGUGUUGCGCCCUUUUCAGAAGGUCCCUGGCCUCUGUACAUUCACCCUCAAUCAUUGUCAGUGCUCUCCAGACUUCUUCUCAUAUGGCAGCACAAAGCAAGUGUGCAAGGAGAGCCGGAUGUACCUGAGUGUAUGAAAGUCUGGGAAAGAUUUUUGGGAACUUUGAAGCAGCACACUAUCCAGAGUUCAGUGCACGGAGAAGAUGACCUUAAUGUAGAGCACCUCCAGCUCCUACUGCUCCUUUUUCACAAUCUGUCGGAGCGCGGUCGGCGGUCAGUUCUGACCCUGGUCACUCAAGCCAUCACUGAAGUGGCACAGAGCAAAGACUCCCAGCUGAAGGCAGUGCCUCUGAACCUGGCCCGCCUGUGUCUGGUUUUUGACUACCUGCUGCGCCACUACUCCAAGGCACCACUGUACCUUUUUGAACAGGUGCAGUAUAACCUCCUGACCCCACCAUCCACCGGGCCGAGUUCUGUGCAGGAUGGUGGCAAACGCAGCGGCCUCCCACUUUAUUAUGGAUUCAAAGAAGUGGAGGAGAACUGGGCUAAACACUGUUCAGCAGAUUCAAAUGUUCAGCCGAAAUUCUACUGCGUUUUAUCCCCUGAGGCAUCUGAAGAUGAUAUCAGCAGACUGGAUAGCAAGGUCUUUCCAAAGCUGUUCAAUGGAGCAGUAAAAUAUGAUGAGCUGUAUGGGUGGCUCAUCUCACUCCUGGUUGCAGGCUCUCAGUUUGAUACAGCAAGAAGACAAGAGAACAAGCCAAUUACUCCUAUGGAGGCAUGCUCCCUUCAGUACUACUUCCUGGUACUGUGGAGGAUCCUGGGCGUUUUGCCACCCUCGAAAGCCUACAUGGAGCAGCUGAAGAAUGGCUGCAGUGAUCCCAGUGAGAGCGACAUCCUGCACACACUGCGCUGGUCCUCACGUCUCCGGGUGUCCACCUACGUGAACUGGAUCAAGGAACACUUGGUGAAGCAGGGAAUGAAAGCAGACCAAGCGGCAUCUCUGGUUGAGGUGACGGCUGCAAAAUGCAGCACCGUUAAAUAUGACGUGGAACUAGCAGAAGAGUACAUUGCCAGACAGAUUUCCACCUUCUCCAGCGUGGAUCCAAACGCCAUCCUUCCACUUGAUCAGUUACCCUCUCUACAAGCCAUCUAUACACUGGAUGCAGUCAUCUCUAAAGUGCAGGUUUCCCUGGAUGAACAUUUGUCCAAGGUUGCCAUUGAGGCAGACACCCACAAGUCAUCUGAGAUCACAAAGAACCUUCUGCCUGCCACUCUACAGCUCACUGAUGUUUACACAGCCUUUACAAGGUCUUACCUACUCAUGAACAUCCCGGAGGAAGGGGACAACAAGCUUACAGAUGCCAAGCUCCAGGGUUAUGCUGCAGUUCUGUCCAUUGGCUCCACCCGCUGCAAGGCCAACCUGCUGGGUCAUAGUAUCAUGCAGAAUCUACCAUCAGCUGUACAGACAAUAUGCGAGACUUGGAACAGCAUCCACACUAAUGAAUUCCCCAACAUCGGCUCAUGGCGAAAUGCAUUUGCCAAUGAUACCAUCCCAUCAGAGAGCUACAUCAGUGCCAUCCAAGCAGCUCACCUGGGCACUUUGAGUUGUCAGUCCUUGCCUCUGGCCUCUUCUCUUAAACACAUCCUACUGUCUUUGGUUCGCCUCACUGGCGACCUCAUUGUCACAGAGGAGCUGAAUCCUUCACAGGUUGUGCGCACUUUGCUGCCCCUCCUCCUGGAGAGCAGCACAGAGAGUGUGGCUGAGAUCAGCAGCACCUCGUUGGAGCGCAUCCUUGGUCCGUCAGAGUCUGAUGCCUUCCUGGCCCGCAUCUAUGAGCGUUUGGUGACCGGGUGUUACAACAUCAUUGCCCAUCACUCAGACCCAAACAGUGGUUUGGAUGAGUCUGUCCUUGAGGAAUGCCUCCAGUACCUUGAAAAGCAGCUUGAGAGCAGUCAAGUCCGCAAGGCCAUGGAAGAGUUCUUUUCAUUCAGUGGGGAGCUUGUCCAGAUUAUGAUGGCGACAGCCAAUGAAAAUCUGUCAGCAAAGUUCUGCAACAGAGUGCUGAAAUUCUUCACCAAGCUUUUCCAGCUCACCGAGAAGAGCCCAAACCCCAGCCUGCUGUGUCUGUGUGGGUCUCUGGCCCAGCUGGCCUGUGUGGAACCCUCUCGUCUGCAGUCCUGGUUGACACGCAUGACGGCCACACCACCAAAGGACUCAGAGCAGCUGGAAAUUGUGCAAGAAAACCGACAGCUUUUGCAGGUGCUCACCACUCAUAUUGUGCGUGACAACAGCCAGGUGGGCGAAGGAGUAUGCACUGUCCUCCUCAGCACACUCAUUCCCAUGGCAACAGACAUGCUUGCCAAUGGUGAUGGAACAGGGUUUCCUGAGCUCAUGGUCAUCAUGGCCACACUGGCCAGUGCUGGACAGGGGGCUGGUCACCUGCAGCUGCACAGGGCAGCUAUCGACUGGCUGACCAGAUGCAAAAAGUAUUUAACACAGAAGAAUGUUGUGGAAAAAGUGAGCACAAACUUAUCCCAAGGAAAGCAUGCCAGCAUGCUGGAAUGCUCAUGCCACAUUAUUUCCUAUCUGGCCGAUGUGAUGAAUGCCUUGCGGCAAAGCAGUGGCCAGGGCACCUCAGCACUGCUGAUGGAGGGGGAGGAGAAGGCAAUGGAGGUGGACUCUGACUGGGUGGAGGAACUUGCUGUAGAGGAGGAUGAUUCCCAGGCAGAGGACUCUGAUGAAGACUCCCUUUGCAACAAACUCUGUACUUUCACCAUUACUCAGAAGGAGUUCAUGAACCAGCACUGGUACCACUGUCACACCUGUAAGAUGGUGGAUGGGGUAGGUGUGUGCACAGUGUGCGCCAAGGUCUGUCACAAAGACCAUGAGAUCUCCUAUGCCAAAUAUGGCUCUUUCUUCUGUGACUGCGGUGCCAAAGAGGAUGGCAGCUGCCAGGCCUUGGUCAAACGCAGCCCCAGCAGCGGCAUGGGCUCCACCCUGAAAGAGUCUUCUGCAUUCCAGAGUGAGCUGCGUAUGCCUGACAGCGCGAUCCGCCACCAGAAUGCCUCACCCUCGGACAAGGGCAAGGUCACCAUCUGUGAUGGCAAACCUGGUGAUGAAGACAGACCUAAGAAGAGCAGUGUGUGCAAGAGCAUCGAGGGCUGCCAGGAGGAGUUGGUAACACAAGUGAUGGGAUCGUCCACUGCAGCAGUCAUACUAGAGAUGCUCAUGUUUCUCAUGGAAGCCAUCCAGACCAACUUUCAGCAGGCAUCAGCAGUGGGAAGCAGCAGCCGCGCUCAGCAAGCGCUCAAUGAACUGCAUACUCAGGACAAAACUGUGGAGAUGACCGACCAGUUAAUGGUGCCCACGCUUGGCUCUCAGGAAGGGGCUUUUGAGAAUGUGAGGAUGAACUACAGUGGUGACCAGGGACAAACUAUACGCCAACUCAUCAGCGCACAUGUCUUGCGUCGUGUUGCCAUGUGUGUCCUGUCCUCACCCCAUGGACGCCGCCAGCACCUUGCUGUCAGUCAUGAAAAGGGAAAGAUUACAGUUCUGCAGUUGUCCACUCUCCUGAAACAGGCUGACUCAAGCAAGAGGAAGCUAACACUGACCCGCCUGGCCUCUGCUCCUGUCCCUUUCACUGUCCUCAGUCUCACAGGAAACCCUUGCAAUGAAGAUUACCUGGCUGUGUGCGGCCUGAAGGACUGCCAUGUGCUAACAUUCAGCAGCACUGGCUCUGUGUCAGACCAUCUUGUGCUGCACCCACAACUGGCUACUGGCAACUUCAUUAUUAAAGCUAUCUGGUUACCAGGCUCACAGACUGAACUUGCCAUCAUCACUGCUGACUUCGUCAAGAUUUAUGACUUAUCAGUGGAUGCUCUCAGUCCCAUGUACUACUUCCUGCUCCCAAGUUCAAAGAUCCGCGAUGCCACCUUCCUGUUCAAUGAAGAGGGAAAGAACAUCAUCGUCAUCAUGUCUUCUGCAGGCUACAUGUACACCCAGCUCAUGGAUGAAUCCAGCAGUGCCCAACAUGGUCCUUUCUAUGUCACCAAUGUUUUGGAGAUAAACCACGAAGACUUGAAGGACAGCAACGGGCAGGUUGCCGGCGGUGGUGUGUCUGUCUAUUACUCCCAUGUGCUUCAGAUGCUUUUCUUCAGCUACAGCCAGGGAAAGUCUUUUGCUGCCACAGUGAGCCGCAGCACCACUGAAGUACAGAGGCUCUUUCCCAUCAACGUAAAAGGCUCUAAUGGCAGCAGCAGUAAGAUGUCGCCUGCUCUGUGUCAGUGGUCUGAGGUCAUGAACCACCCAGGCCUGGUGUGCUGCGUGCAGCAGACAACAGGUAUACCACUUGUCAUCAUGGUGAAACCAGACACCUUCCUCAUCCAAGAGAUUAAAACUCUGCCAGCUAAAGCAAAGAUUCAAGAUAUGGUAGCGAUCCGACACACGGCCAGUAAUGAGCAACAGCGUACAACCAUGAUUCUUCUCUGUGAGGACGGAAGCUUACGAAUCUACAUGGCCAAUGUGGACAACACCUCUUAUUGGCUCCAGCCCUCGCUGCAGCCCAGCUGUGGCAUCAGCAUCAUGAAACCGGUCCGCAAGCGCAAAGCUGCUGCUACUACAACCCGGACCUCCAGUCAGGUGACGUUCCCAGUGGACUUUUUUGAACAUAACCAGCAGCUGACAGAGGUGGAGUUUGGUGGCAAUGACUUGCUGCAGGUCUACAAUGGACAGCAGAUCAAACACAGGCUCAACUCCACCGGGAUGUAUGUGGCCAACACAAAGCCUGGAGGAUUCACUGUGGAGGCGGUGAACAACAACAGCUCAAUGGUGAUGACAGGCAUGCGGGUGCAGGUGGGCACUCAAGCCAUUGAGAGGGCUCCUUCUUAUGUGGAGGUCUUUGGCCGCACCAUGCAGAUAAACCUGACGAGAGCCCGCUGGUUUGACUUUCCCUUCACCAGAGAGGAGGCCCUGCAGGCGGACAAGAAGCUUUCCAUCUUCAUUGGAGCAUCUGUUGACCCAGCUGGAGUCACCAUGCUGGAUUCGAUCAAGAUAUACGGUAAAACCAAGGAGCAGUUCGGUUGGCCUGAGGAUCCACCAGAGGAUUUCUCUUCGGCCUCCGUCAACAAUGUCUGCAGUCCCAACCUCAACCAGGGCAAUGGCACCUCUGAUGGAGACAUAGCCACUCCGACCACCACCAGCGGCACCGUGCUGGAGAGAUUGGUUGUCAGCUCCCUUGAGGCUUUGGAAAGCUGCUUUGCAGUGGGUUCCUCAAGUGAAAAGGAGAAGAAUAAGGCUGCAGCACUGGAGCUGGCCACUUUACUCCUGUCCAUGCCGACCCCUGCAGGUGUGCAGCAGCAGACCAAGGGACUUCUUGCCAGCCUACACACCAGUCGAACUGCCUACCACAACCACAAGGACCAGUCCUUGCUGAGUAACGCAGUGCAGUGUCUGAACAGCUGCAGCCGUGAAGGACGGGAGCUUGAUCCUGAUGUCUUCCAGAGGCUUGUGAUCACUGCCCGCUCCAUUGCAAUCAUGAGACCCAACAACUUGGUGCAUUUCACAGAAACAAAGUCAUUACACCAUGAUUCUGAAAUGACAGAGGAUGGGCAAAAACAUGUGGAUGGCGAAAGCUGCAAUUUCAUUACACAGCUGAUGAAUAACUUCUGGAAACUCCAUGCCCUAAAACCAAAGAACGCCUUUCUUGCUCCAGCUUGCUUACCUGGCCUAACACAUGUGGAAGCAACAGUAAAUGCCCUGGUUGACAUCAUCCAUGCAUACUGCACAUGUGAACUGGAUUAUAUCAAUGUAGCCUCCAAAAUCUACAUGCAAAUGUUACUGUGUCCAGACACAGCUGUGAGCUUUGCUUGUAAGCAGGCUCUGAUCAGAGUGCUUCGACCACGAAACAAACGCCGACAUGUAACCCUUCCAUCUCCCCCACGCUCCAACACACCUAUGGGAGACAAGGAUGAUGAUGAUGAUGACGAUGCAGAUGACAAAAUGCAGUCCUCAGUGCUGACUGGGGGAGAAGAGGGUAGACAGGAGAGUCAGGAGCAGAGUGAAGUGGACCAUGGCGACUUUGAGAUGGUGUCCGAGUCCAUGGUCCUGGAAACAGCAGAGAACGUCAACAAUGGGAAUCCAUCUCCCCUUGAGGCUCUGCUGGCUGGAGCCGAGGGUUUCCCCCCCAUGCUGGACAUCCCUCCUGAUGCUGAUGAUGAAACUAUGGUAGAGCUGGCCAUUGCUCUCAGCCUUCAGCAAGAUCAACAAGGCAGUAGCAGCAGUGCUCUUGGCCUUCAGAGCCUUGGCCUGUCUGGCCAGGCCCCGAGCUCCUCUUCACUGGAUGCUGGCACUCUUUCAGACACCACCGCAUCAGCCCCGGCAUCAGAUGAUGAGGGCAGCACAGCUGCUACUGAUGGUUCCACGCUGCGGACCUCCCCUGCUGAGCACGGUGGCAGUGUGGGCUCAGAGAGUGGAGGUUCUGCAAUCGACUCUGUAGCGGGGGAGCACAGUGUGUCAGGACGCAGUAGUGCAUAUGGGGACACAACAGUGGAGGGCCACCCUGCUGGUCCAGGCAGCGUGAGCUCCAGCACCGGAGCCAUCAGCACCACCACAGCCCAGCAGGAAGGCGAAGGCUCAGAGGGAGAAGGAGAGACUGAAGGCGACAUCCACACGAGCAGCAGGUUACACAUGGUUCGUCUUAUGCUACUAGAGCGCUUGCUUCAGCACCUUUCUCAGCUUCACAACGUAGGUGGAGUCCAAGCCAUCCCUUACAUGCAGGUCAUCCUCAUGUUGACCUCUGACCUGGAUGGCGAGGAUGAAAAGGAUAAGGGUGCCUUGGAUGACCUACUAGCGCAGCUAAUUGCUGAGCUUUGCAUGCACAAGAAGGAUGUGUCCAAGAAGAAUGAGCGAAGCUCCAUCAAUGAAGUUCACCUGGUCAUCAUGAGACUGCUGAGCGUCUUCAUGUCUCGAACCAAGUCUGGUUCCAAAUCCUCUUCUGAGUCGUCCUCGCUUAUUUCAAACGCUACAGCGACUGCCCUGCUCAGCCUGGGUGCUAUUGACUACUGUCUCCACGUGCUGAAAUCACUCCUGGAGUUCUGGAAGAGCCAACAAGGUGAAGAAGAGCCUGCGACCACCAGCCAGCUCCUCCGGCCACACACAGCCUCCUCUCCCCCAGACAUGAGCCCUUUCUUCUUGCGCCAAUAUGUCAAGGGACAUGCUGCUGAUGUGUUUGAGGCUUACUCCCAGCUGUUGACUGAAAUGGUGCUCAGGCUGCCAUAUCAGAUCAAGAAGAUUGCUGACACCAAUCCACGCAUCCCACCUCCUGUCUUUGACCACUCCUGGUUCUACUAUCUGUCUGAAUAUCUGAUGAUUCAACAGACGCCAUUCGUCAGGAGGCAGGUCAGAAAGCUGUUGCUGUUCAUCUGCGGCUCAAAGGAGAAAUAUCGUCAGCUGCGAGAUCUGCACACUCUUGACUCCCAUGUGCGCAGCAUUAAGAAGCUCCUGGAGGAACAGGGCAUCUUUCUCCGCGCUGGUGUGGUCACAGCCACAUCUGGCUCAGCUCUGCAGUAUGACACGCUCAUCAAUCUGAUGGAGCAUCUGAAAGCUUGUGCUGAAAUCUCUACUCAAAGGACAAUCAACUGGCAGAAGUUUUGCAUGAAGGAUGACUCCGUGUUGUACUUCCUGCUCCAGGUCAGCUUCCUGGUGGAUGAGGGUGUUUCCCCAGUACUUCUUCAACUGCUGUCCUGUGCCCUGUGUGGCAGUAAGGUGCUGGCCAGCUCGUCCUCCUCCUCUUCAUCAUUUUCAGGAGGAGGCUCCAGUGGUACUGGACAGGCAGGAACUCAGUCCUCUCAGAGCAAGUCCUCCAGUAAAAAGAGCAAAAAAGAGGACAAGGAGAAAGACAAAGAGGGUGAUGGAGUUGGCAGCCAGGAGGAUCAGCUGUGUAUGGCUCUGGUCAGUCAGCUGAACAAAUUUGCAGACAAGGAGACACUAAUUCAGUUCUUGCGCUGCUUCCUUUUGGAGUCAAACUCGUCUGCUGUGCGCUGGCAAGCUCACUGCUUGGCACUCCAUAUCUACAGGAACUCCAGUAAAUCUCAGCAGGAGCUGCUGCUGGAACUGACUUGGGCCAUCUGGCCUGAGCUGCCUGCAUAUGGCCGCAAAGCUGCCCAGUUUGUCGACCUGCUUGGAUACUUCUCACUUAAAACUCCUCAGACAGAGAAAAAGCUGAAGGAGUAUUCCCAAAAAGCUGUAGAGAUCCUGAGGGCACAGAACCAUAUCCUGACAAAUCACCCUAACUCCAACAUCUACAACACUCUGUCCGGUUUAGUGGAGUUUGAUGGAUUUUAUCUGGAAAGUGACCCCUGCUUGGUGUGCAACAAUCCAGAGGUUCCCUUCUCGAAUAUAAAACUGUCAUCGAUCAAAGUGGACACCCGCUACACCACAACACAGCAGGUUGUCAAGCUCAUUGGCAGCCAUACCAUCAGCAAAGUCACAGUGAAGAUCGGUGACCUUAAACGCACAAAAAUGGUCCGCACCAUCAACCUCUAUUACAACAACAGGACUGUACAGGCUAUCGUGGAGCUGAAGAACAAGCCUGCUCGCUGGCACAAAGCCAAGAAAGUUCAGCUGACCCCGGGACAAACAGAGGUCAAGAUCGACCUUCCUCUACCCAUUGUUGCUUCCAACCUGAUGAUCGAAUUCUCUGAUUUUUAUGAGAACUACCAAGCCUCCACGGAGACCCUGCAGUGUCCACGCUGCAGUGCUUCUGUGCCGGCCAACCCUGGGGUGUGUGGCAACUGUGGUGAGAACGUGUAUCAAUGCCACAAAUGCAGGUCUAUCAACUAUGAUGAAAAAGAUCCGUUCCUCUGCAAUGCCUGUGGAUUCUGCAAAUAUGCCAGAUUUGACUUCAUGCUAUAUGCUAAACCAUGCUGUGCUGUGGAUCCUAUCGAGAACGAGGAAGACAGGAAAAAGGCUGUUACCAACAUCAAUACCUUGCUGGACAAAGCUGACAGGGUCUACCACCAGCUGAUGGGCCACCGGCCCCAGUUGGAAAGCCUUCUGUCUAAAGUCAAUGAGGCGGCACCAGAGAAACCACAGGAUGACACUGGAGCAGGUGCAGGACUUGGUGCGUCCUCUGCUAAUGUGAACAGAUACAUUCAGCAGCUGGCCCAAGAGUACAGCGGAGACUGCAAGACGUCAUUUGAUGAACUUUCAAAGAUUAUACAGAAAGUGCUUGCAUCCCGGAAAGAGCUCUUGGAGUAUGAUCUGCAGCAGAGAGAGGCUGCCACCAAGUCAUCCCGCAGCAGCAGCAGCCACCAGCCCACCUUCACUGCCAGUCAGUACCGUGCACUCUCUGUGCUAGGCUGCGGCCACACCUCCUCAAACAAGUGCUACGGCUGUGCCUCAGCUGUCACGGGUCACUGCAUCACACUGCUUCGUGCACUGGCCACUAACCCAGCCCUCCGGCAGAUCUUGGUCCUCCAGGGUCUCAUCCGUGAAUUGUUUGAGUAUAAUUUGCGGCGAGGUACAGCAGCCAUGAGGGAGGAAGUGCGCCAAUUGGUCUGUCUCCUGACCAGAGAUCAUCCAGAGGCCACCCAGCAAAUGAAUGACCUUAUUAUCGCCAAGGUGUCAGCUGCCCUUAAAGGCCACUGGGCCAAUCCUGACCUGGUUAGUAACCUGCAAUAUGAAAUGCUGCUGCUGACGGACUCCAUUUCAAAAGAGGGAGGAUGCUGGGAGUUACGGUUGCGUUGUGCCCUCAGUCUGUUCCUCAUGUCAGUGAACAUAAAGACGCCUGUAGUGGUGGAAAACAUCACUCUCAUGUGCCUGCGAAUCCUGCAAAAGCUGAUCAAGCCCCCUGCUCCCACUAGUAAGAAGAACAAGGAUGCUGCUAUUGAGUCCCUAACUACAGUCAGGCCCUACAGUAAUGAAAUCCAUGCCCAGGCCCAACUCUGGCUCAAGAAAGACCCCAAAGCAUCUUAUGAGGCCUGGAAAAAGUGUCUCCCAGCAAGAUGCCAGGAAACCAUGUCAAAGCCUCAGGGGAAGGCUGAAUUACGAAGGCAGUACCUGUUGGAGAAGUAUGUGUGGAAGUGGAAGCAGUUCAUGAGGUCCAGAAAAGGUGACGGCCUCUUCCCCCGUCUGCUCAAACUGAGCCACAACAACUGGCUGCGGCAGGUCCUUUUCACACCUGCCACACAGGCUGCCCGACAGGCAGCUUGCACUAUUGUGGAGGCCCUAACCACAAUCCCCAGCCGCAAGCAACAAGUUCUGGACCUGCUCACCAGUUAUCUGGAUGAGUUGAGUGUAGCUGGAGAGUGUGCGGUGGAGUACCUGGGUCUGUACCAGAAGUUAAUUAAGCCAACACACUGGAAGGUUUAUCUGGCAGCACGUGGAGUCCUGCCCUACAUCGGUAACCUGAUCACCAAGGAAAUAGCCAACCUGCUGGCUCUGGAGGAGGCAACACUGAGCACAGACUUGCAGCAAGGCUACGCCCUCAAGAGCCUGACUGGAUUGCUGUCUUCUUUCGUGGAGGUGGAGUCCAUUAAGCGGCAUUUCACAAGUAGGUUGGUCGGCACAGUGCUCAACGGCUACCUGUGUCUGAGGAAACUGGUGGUGCAGCGCACCAAGCUCAUCGAUGAGACUCAGGACAUGCUGCUGGAGAUGCUGGAGGACAUGACAACAGGUACGGAGUCUGAAACCAAAGCCUUCAUGGCAGUGUGCAUAGAGACUGCUAAGCGGUACAAUCUGGAUGACUACAGGACACCCGUGUUCAUAUUUGAGAGACUGUGCAGCAUCAUCUAUCCUGAGGAGAAUGAGGUGACAGAGUUCUUUGUGACCCUGGAAAAGGAUCCUCAGCAGGAGGACUUCCUGCAGGGCCGCAUGCCAGGAAACCCCUACAGCAGCAACGAGCCUGGCAUUGGCCCUCUGAUGAGGGACAUCAAGAACAAAAUCUGCCAAGACUGUGACCUGGUGGCACUUCUUGAAGACGACAGUGGCAUGGAGCUUCUGGUAAACAACAAAAUCAUUAGCUUGGAUCUGUCAGUGGCAGAGGUCUACAAGAAGGUCUGGUGCCCUACAAAUGAGGGUGAACCAAUGAGAAUCAUCUAUCGAAUGAGAGGUCUGCUGGGAGAUGCCACUGAGGAGUUCAUAGAGUCACUGGACUCAACCACAGAUGAGGAGGAGGAUGAUGAGGAGGUGUAUAAGAUGGCAGGAGUCAUGGCACAGUGUGGAGGACUGGAGUGUAUGCUCAACCGGCUGUCUGGAAUCAAAGAUUUUAAACAAGGAAGACAUCUGCUCACUGUUUUGCUGAAGUUGUUCAGUUAUUGUGUAAAGGUGAAGAUCAACAGGCAGCAGCUGGUCAAACCAGAGAUGAACACACUCAACGUCAUGCUGGGAACUCUAAACCUGGCUUUAGUGGCAGAACAAGAGAGUAAGGACAGCGGUGGAGCCUCCAUAGCCGAGCAAGUUCUGAGCAUCAUGGAGAUCAUUCUGGAUGAAGCCAAUGCUGAGAUUUCAGAGGACAAGGGUAACCUGCUGCUGACAGGAGACAAAGAUCAGCUGGUCAUGUUGUUGGACCAGAUCAACACCCCGUUUGUGCGCUCCAACCCCAGUGUGCUGCAGGGUCUGCUGCGCAUCAUCCCAUACCUGUCUUUUGGUGAACUGGAAAAGAUGAGGAUCUUGGUGGAACGCUUCAAACCGUGUUGCAACUUCGACAAGUACGACGAGGAGCACAGUGCAGACGACAAAGUGUUUUUGGAUUGCUUCUGUAAAAUUGCUGCUGGGAUCAAAAAUAACAGCAACGGCCAUCAGCUAAAAGAUCUUAUUCUCCAGAAAGGAAUCACACAGAGUGCACUGGAUUACAUGAAGAAACAUAUCCCCAACGCCAAAAAUCUGGAUGCUGAUGUCUGGAAGAAGUUCCUCUCCAGACCAGCUCUACCCUUCAUUCUCAGAUUGCUCCGUGGUUUGGCUACCCAGCAUCCCCCCACACAGGUGCUGAUAGGCACAGAUUCAAUAACCAACUUGCACAAGCUGGAGCAGGUAUCCAGUGACGAGGGCAUUGGCACUCUAGCAGAGAACCUUCUGGAGGCGCUGAGGGAGCACAGUGAUGUCAACCUGAAGAUAGAAGCAGCCCGCAGAGAGACCAGAGCUGAGAAGAAGCGUAUGGCAAUGGCCAUGAGACAGAAGGCCCUGGGAACACUGGGCAUGACGACCAAUGAGAAGGGUCAGGUGGUGACCAAGACCUCGCUAUUGAAGCAAAUGGAGGAGCUGAUAGAGGAGCCGGGCUUGACCUGCUGUAUCUGUAGAGAGGGUUACAAGUUCCAGCCAACCAAAGUCCUGGGUAUUUACACUUUCACAAAGCGUGUGGCCUUGGAGGACUUUGAAAACAAGCCUCGGAAGCAGCAGGGCUACAGCACUGUGUCGCACUUUAACAUAGUCCACUAUGACUGCCAUUUGGCAGCUGUCAGGCUGGCACGUGGGCGAGAGGAGUGGGAGAGUGCUGCUCUCCAGAACGCCAACACCAAGUGCAAUGGGCUGCUUCCUGUGUGGGGGCCACAUGUGCCAGAAUCAGCCUUUGCUACAUGCUUAGCAAGGCACAACACAUAUCUGCAGGAGUGCACGGGUCAGCGCGAGCCAACGUACCAACUCAACAUCCAUGACACCAAACUGCUGUUCCUCCGCUUUGCUACCGAACAAUCGUUCAGCGUUGACACAGGAGGAGGAGGACGAGAGAGCAACAUCCACCUCAUCCCCUACAUCAUCCACACUGUGCUCUACGUCCUCAACACCACAAGGGCGACGUCCCGGGAGGAGAGGAACCUGCAGAGUUUCCAGGAGCAGCCAUGUGAGAAAUGGGUGGAGAGCUCAUAUGAGGUAGAAGGGCCGCACUAUUUCACUAUCUUGGCCAUGCACAUCAUGCCACCUGAACGCUGGAGGAGUUCACGUUUAUACUUCCUACGAAGACUCCUGAUCAACGCACAUGCCCGCAAGGUCUCAGCAGUCAGCACCAACAAACUCACAGAUAAAACACCAAAGGAAUAUGCAGUCUAUCGCUCGCCUCUUCUCUUCUGGGGCUUGGUGGAUCUUGUCUACGACAUGUUCAGGAAAGUACCCACCAGCAACACAGAGGGGGGCUGGUCCUUCUCGCUGGCAGAAUAUGUCCGUCACAACGACAUGCCCAUCUACGAAGCCUCAGAGCGUGUGCUCAGGGCCUUCCAGGAUGAACUCAUGCCUGCCGAGUCCUUGUCAGAGUUCUUUGAUGUUGUAGGCCUCCUCUCUGAAAUCGCAGACCCAGACCUCUUCCUGCAGGAUUUGUUGAACUCUUUGCCCUGAUGGCCAGCCUCAACCCACACCCCUCCAACACACAACAGCCCUGCAAAUCAAGUUAGGACACCUUCCAACUGAAAAAAAGAUCCUGUCUUUUUACACAUGCUGAGUACACACACAGAGUAUACACCAUGCCUCUUACUCACUUCCCUUCCCAGUAUGACAUCUUCAAAUUAACUUAAAGCAGAAACUAUGUGUAGUCUAAAAAAUCAUCCACUUUUGGCAACAUCUCUGUAAAGUUUAACACAAAAACACAAUGCUGUUAAAGGGCAAGGGGGACACACUAAAACAGAAUUUAUGCUUUGCCCCUCUGAUUCGGAUCGCUUUGGUGAAAAGUUGAUGACGGAGUUUCUGGCCGAGAUUGAGACAAAAGAUCCAGGACUCUGCCAACAAACUUGGAGCUUCACCUGUCUUUUAAGGACGUCACAGAUGACAGGGCUGAGGGAAUUCAGUGUUAAAAACAAUAAUAGCUGUUUGGUUGAUGGGAAAAUAACUCCUGAAUUCUGUUUUAGGGUGGACACUUUUUCAGCUUUCAACCCCUCCCCCUCCUCCCCUAAUAUUGGGGUGCAAUGUUAAAGUAACAAAAGAAUUUUGGGAUUUGACCCACCAUGUGUUAAGAGUGGCAUUUGAUUUUAUCUUGUUUUCCUUUUCGUUUGUUUGGUUUAAGUUUAUUUUCGGUCAGGGUUUUAAAAUGGCAAAAGGUUUCACUGUCACAUGGUUGCCAGCUAACCUGUCCUUUCUUCUGGGCUCUCGCUGUUUGGUCUUCAUGUAGGUUCUAACUGGAAUUUGAGUGAUCGACAGAAAAAAAAAUGUUUUUUUUGAUUUAGUGUGUAUGUGUAAGGUUUCUUUUAUCAACCUCAGAAGCAGAAAUGGGGAAAAGAACAAUGAAUAAAAGUUUUUUUGUUUUGGUUUUUUUCCAUAAAGCUAUGCCUUUGUGACAAAGUGAACUUUGGACUUGUGAACGAUUCCACCUGUUGAAAUAAAAUAUCAGACUGUCUAAAUCAAUAAUAAAACAGACCUACAUUAUAUCCUGAAA